AAUAUAGUUUAAUGAGCUAUCGAGGUGAAAUCUUCUAAGAAUAUUCCCUACUUUUAAUUUCCUCUUAAGCUGCGUUUACACCAAAGUUAUUGAAAAAAUGUUUAUUUCUCCGUCCUUGUAGAUUCUAUUAGAUUGAACAUAAUAACUUAUCAUACACAUGAUGAACAUAUGUGUUUGUCAAAUUCCGUUUAAUCUAAUAGAAUCUAUAAGGACGGAAAAAUAAACAUUUUGUUAAUAACUUUGGUGUAAACGCAGCUUUAUUCAUGCGUUUUUUAUUCUGUUUUCAUCCACUCACUCUGAAUGCUUUUUCAUUCAAUUUCAUUAAUGCGACUUCCCUCUCAUAAUACUGUAAUAUUACUAUUAAACGUCUAUCUCUCUUCUAUUAUGAAAGGGAAAUUAAUGUCUAAAAAAUGAAACAAACUACUUUUUUACGAUUUAUUUCCAUUUUGGUUCUUUUUAUAUUUUCUCAGUAGCAGCAAACAAGUUUGAGUUUCGCGCGCCAACUGUCCGUCUCCAUGGCAACCAGGAAAAGCAGUUCUGUUUACUUCUAUCGCACUGUCAGAUCUGUAACCUAGAUUCACGUCCUGUUCUGUUUUCCUGUUUAUAUUUUGAUCUUGUAAAAUAGCCUAUCAAUUUCUUGUAAUAUGGGAUGUCUUUGUCAAAAGUCAAAGAAGGAAGAAAGCUAUGGAGCCAAACCUAUUGAAAAUGUGGAGUACUCUUGGGAUAAACGUCGUACAAUAAAUGUAGAUGACUUCAUAAUUAAAAACUUGGAGCAAGAUGAAAAGUGGAAGAUCGGUGGGGCCAUCAAUGGAGAACAAGUUGUUAUUGACAACUGCAAUAGCAGCUCGAUAUACAUUCUUGACCAUAUAAAUACCAUCUCAAUCGAUGAUUGUACCAGCUGUAAAAUAAUUAUUGGACCUGUCAAGGGAAGUGCAUUCCUGAGAGACUGUGAAAAUUGUGUGUGCCUCAUAGCAUGCGGGCAAUUCAGGAUAAGGGAUUGUCGCAAUAUGGUGAUAUUUCUCAGCUGUGCAACGCAGCCAAUCAUUGAAUCCUCUUCCUCGAUACAUUUUGGCUGCUACCAACUUUCCUAUCCCUCAAUAAGAGAGCACUUCAAGAAUGCUCAACUGAGUAUCUUCAACAAUACAUGGAGCAGAAUACAUGACUUCACUCCAAUUGAAGGAGAACUGAAUUGGAAAAUAUUACCAGAGAAUACAACUCCUCAGAACUAUUUCUCCUGUCACGAUUUGAGCAGAGUUGGACUUUCGUUGAGUGUGAUAGACAGUGCUGUACCUUAUACAACAGCAGUGAAGAUGUGUGACAGAGUGGAGCAUUGUUUUGUUGUCUUCUUCUGCUGUGAAGGCCAAGAAGAGGAAGCAGCGCGUAUAUUGAUCGACAAGAUUUAUCUAGAAAGGGUUGACUGCAGGCUUGUCUGGAGCCGACAAGUAGAAUUGAGUUCUCAAGAGUCGUGCAACAUUUUCCAAGACGAAUCUUAUGCUCGACUGACAAAGCAUGGUCCUGUAAUUGGCUUAUUAUUCUCGGGACCCUGCAUUACAUACUCUUGUAAUCAAGUCAUUGGUGAAUCACUACAACAUGUGACUGUAUAUGUAUCAGACAGCCCCCGAGAACAAGUCAACAAGUUUCUCUCUAUAACAGAUAUGCGAAUAGCAUUUUAGAAUGAAUGCCAAAUUUUUAAUUAUUCUAGUUUAGAAAUUGAUUUUACUCUCUAAGUUUGUCUCUAGUCAGGAAACCUAAAAUGAAUAACUGUAUGGAUAUUAUAGAAUAUUUUAAUAAUGCUUUUUAAUGCAAUACAACGUUUGUAUAUUAUAAUUAAAAUUAACGCUUGAAUAUUCACUAUGAGUGGUUCUGUAAAACAAAAAUGUAAAUCAGUAAUACUUAAAUAUUAAAAGCCGUUAAUCAAUAAUAAAUUACUCUUAAUAUUA